GUGAGCGGGACUUUUGUUUUGUAUUGGCUCUAUUACGUCAUAAGGCUGCGCCACGCUCUGAUCAUCUGAUGUGAUUCGCCUGAAGAAAGAUUGUCCAAACACAAAAAAAACUCCUGGUGAAGUGACUGAGAACCAUGUGACACAUAUUAUAAAGAUGGCGUUCAUUAAAGAGGAGAGUGAAGACAUAAAAAUUGAAGAAACAUUCAGAGUGAAACAAGAAGAUACUGAGGAACAAACAGAUCUGAUGACACUGAAAGAGGAGAGUCGAGAACUGAAUGAAAUAGAAGAAAAAUAUCAAUAUAAGAAGCAAGAUGUCACAACUAGAAAAAAAUCCAUAAAGACUGAAACGAAUUUCUCACGAAAAAGAUCUCAGAAGACAGGAACUGGAAGCUUUUUCACCUGCUUUCAGUGUGGAAAGAGUUUCAAAAAACAUGAAAGCCUUAGAGUCCACAUGGGAAAUCACAAUGGAGAGAAGCUUUUCACCUGCCAACAGUGUGGAAAGAGAUUCAAUAUAAAGUAUAACCUUGUACUUCACAUGAGAGUUCACACUGGAGAGAAGCCUUACAAAUGCGAACAUUGUGAAAAAAGUUUUAUUCACAAAGGAAGCCUUAAUUCCCACAUGAGAACCCACACUGGAGAGAAGCCUUUCACAUGUGAUCAGUGUGGGAAGAGUUUUUCACAGAAGCACGUCCUUAAUUCCCACAUGAACAGCCACACUGGAGAAAAGCCUUUCGCAUGUGGUCAGUGUGGGAAGUGUUUUAGACUUAAAGUAAGCCUUAAAAACCACAUGAGGAUUCACUCGGGAGACAACCGUUUCACAUGUAAUCAGUGUGAAAAGAGUUUCUUUAGUAAAGAUAGCCUCAACAGGCACAUGACACUUCACACUGGAGAGAAGCCUUACGCAUGCAAAGAGUGCGGCAGUAGUUUCACACAUAAAGCACUCCUUGAUUCACACAUGAGAAGGCACACUGGAGAAAGCCCUUUCACCUGCGAACAGUGUGGGAUGAGCUUUACACGUAAAGAAAAACUUCAGAUUCACAUGAGAAUUCACACUGGAGAAAGACCAUUCACAUGUGAUCAGUGCGGAAAGAGUUUCAAUCAUAAAACAUCCCUUGUUUCACACAUGAUAGUUCACACUGGAGAAACACCAUUCACAUGUGAUCAGUGUGGAAAGAGUUUCAAUAAUAAAUCAACCCUUGACGCACACAUAAGAGUUCACACUGGAGAGAAGCCUUAUACCUGCGAACUGUGUGGGAAGAGCUUUACACAAAAAGGAAAUCUGAAGAAUCACAUGACAACUCACACAGGAGAGAAGCCAUUUGUAUGCGCCGAGUGUGGAAAAUGUUUUGCACGUUACCAUGCCCUUAAUUUACAUAUGAAGAUUCACUCAGGAGAGCAAUGUCCUCGUUGUGGAAGGAGAUUCCCAGAUAAGAAAGGACUUGACAAGCACAUAAUAAUUCACAACGGUGAGAAGUGCCAGCAAUGUGGAAAGACUUUCAGAUUUAAAGGAAACCUUAAGGUUCACAUGAGAAUUCACACUGGAGAGAAGCCUUUCACAUGCUCUCACUGUGGAAAGGGUUUCAGUCAGAACGUAGGCCUUCAGAUUCACAUGAGACUUCACACUGGAGAGAAGCCUUUUACAUGUAUACAGUGCAAGAAGAGUUUCACAUAUCAAAGAGACCUGAAGCGUCAUUUGCAAACUCAUUCUAGAAAGAAAUUGCAGGGCUCUGAAUGUGACAAAAAGUCUACGAAAGUCUACAAAAGUCUGAAGUCUACAAAAAGGAGCAAUUUCAAAAAUCACCUGCGCAUUCACUCUGAAGAAAGGCAAUUUAAUUGUGAUAAGUGUAUUAAAUUUAUUUCGCCAUCACACUUACAGAUACAUCUGAGAAGUCAUGCAGAUGGCCGACGUUAUUUUUGUUCUUUGUGUGGAAAGAGAUUUAAAUGGCUUGGUAAUUUAAAAUGGCACCAGAAAAUACGUAUCUGUGUGAAAAUAAGGCUACGUCCACGUAACAGCUAAAUGUGGGCCAGAUAUAAUUGUGUACAUUCAUGAUCAUUUGCAUUCUCCACCUCUUUAUAAUUUUGCCUCGAGACUUUUUUUGUCAUGUAUAUAUGUACUCAUGUGGCUGCACCUCAUCAUCUGCUUUGAUAUUGUUUAAUGGUCCUCAAACUUUUUUUAUCCUAAGGCACACUAUUGUGAAUCUUUUUCAUGUGAGCUCACGAUGAACAAAAACUUGUUGAAAAUGAAUUGUGCCAAGCAAUCCUUGCUGUGGUUACAACAUUAAAACACAGCAUGCCACAGGAAAUGUGUUCAAAAGCAGCGCAUACACUAAAAAUACUUCUAUUUAAGUUCAUAUAAAAAAUUUAAUUUCUGGAUAAUGAUUUCAUAUAAUUUCAGUGUUUAACUCCUUUAAUGAGAGUGGCAUAUUUAAUCUAGAGCAGGGUUGUCCAAACUCGGUCACUGUCCUGCAGAGUUUAGCUUAAACCCCAAUUAAACACACCUGAACCAGUUACUCAAGGCCUACUAGGCAUACUAGAAACUUCCAGGCAGGUGUUUUGGAGAUGGUUGGAGCUAAACUCUGCAGGACAGUGGACCUCCAGGACCGAGUUUGGACACCCCUGAUCUAGAGUGUCUGAAAAUAUUUACACCUAGUUUAUUUUUUAUAAAUCCUGAUGUGUGUGGAAAAUUGCGUAUACAUUUCUAUGCCUAUUAUGUGCAUAUGUAACGUUAAUACAUCAGGCCCCUGCUCUGGAGGACUGGAGCAGGUUUUAUUCUGGGUUAGAGAUUACAACCAAAACUGGACCAAUCAGCUGCGAAGUAAGUGACAUAUAUCUGAUGUAGUAAAGACACUCCCCCUGUAUCUCUUGCUCCAAAUUAAAAACAGUUUCUAGUGAAAGAAUUUUAUAGACAAAAUUGUUUGGUUUUUUUAUGCUGAUUUAUUAUAAAUUAUAACCGUGUAAUUCGUAAUGUCUUCAGAAUUAUUUUAAUUAACAGUUAAUAUUAAACUGCAUUAAAAUUAAUAUAAAUUUAUACAUAUAAAUAUAAGCUUUAAUAUAAAAGGCUUAAAAUGAUUAAGCUUGCAUGUUUUUUUUUUUGAGCUCUUUAUAAGUUAAAUUCAGUUGAUUCAUUUGCACUGAUAUUGUCAGAUAUUUUCUUUCAGCUGCCUUCUCAAACUUUUGAGGCGGCAGCAGUAUUUAUUCCUGUUUUUCAACAAAAGUGAAUUGAGCCAGUUGUUGUGAGAAGUGAAUCUUGUGGCAAAGUGAAUUUAAUUUGAGUUGAAGCCCAACAGGGCUGAGGUGUCUCUCUCCGAACAUCCAAAUGGCACCCUCAUGGAGUUUAGCUACUUCAGUAUCACAGUUUUGACAAAUCUGCCACUUCUGGCUUGGAACAUCCACAUUCACAAUAACCUAACAAAUCCCGAAUGUAACUCCUUAAUUAGGGGUUCAAGCACUAAGUGCUGAAACCUUAUUGUAAUUGUAAGGAUUUUUAAAACGAAUCGUGCAGACCAAACUGUAAGUGCUAGAGACUUGAAACUUGGCCAAAUGAUAGUCCUCAAUUUGGGGAGAACCUCACAAGAGAUGACCCCAAUCGGCCAAUAGGGGGUGCUACAGCGACCAAAAGUUCAAAAUCGCUCAUAACUCAUAGACCGUUCGUCAUAGACUCAAGUGUCUUAUAUAAUUGUAAUCCUUGGCUCAAGACGAACAAAAUUUGUUUUCCGCCAUUUUGAAUUUUGUCCAAAACCUACUUUUGCGAACUAGGUCUACGUUUUUUGCCCGAUCGAUACCAAACCAGUGCAGAAAGAUUCUCUGGAGUCUGAAUAUCAAUGAUUAUCAAAAAAAAAGUUGUAAUUUUGAUUCAAGGUCACUAAGGGGCGCCAAAACGUACGGUGUGGGCAGAGCCACUUUUACUAAAAUGGCUGUAACUCAAGAACAAAAUGAGACAUUUGCACCAAACUUGGUACACAUGUGUAGGGGCUCAAUCUUUGGUCACGACAAAAAAAAUCACGUCUAGGUGGUGCUAUAACUUGAAAAAAAACAUGAAAACAGCUGUCUCUAUGCAGUCCGAUCGACUUGAAAUUUGGUCCAAGGGGGCAAGUCUAUGAGGACAUUGGCGUAUCUCAAAAAACAUGGCCGCCAUCGGCCAAUGAAGUUUGAGCACCUAUUAGACAAGGUUAAUGGAGGCCAAUCAGGGCCCGUAUGUAUAAAACUUCUCAGAAAUGCUCUUAAGAAUAGUCUUAAGUUUUGACUUGAGUGUCAAAAAAUUCUUAGUAAAGAGUAGGACUUUUCUAAGAGUAAGAUACUUUUAUAAAGAAGCUAAAAGCAACUUUUAGUAAAGUCUAAGACUGAUUCUUAAGUGCUGACUUAAGUGUUGUGAACUAAGGACUACAAUGAUGUCAACUCAAAAUGGCCGCCCUUAACCUCUGAAUCAGCCAAUAGCGAGUCUGCAAGGGUGAAGUCACAGCAGCACAACACCAAUAAUUAUAAAAAAAAAUCAUUUAAAAAGACACUGAAACGUUUUAAUAUUGUAAUUUAUUUUUAAAAAUUGCAUUGCAUUGUGCAAAAUUAUCACAAAUUAGUACUGAUGGUGUGGAAUCUUUUUCUAGUGAUAUAUGUCUCCUCAUUUACAAUUGGAGUGAUGAUGUGAACACGAGUUCAUCAUCGGCUUCAACAACUCCAGGGAAGCCCACUAUCAACAUAAAAGUGGCUUGCUUUUGCCGCAUGGUUUGAUGGUCAGUUAGAAAGUCAAUGAAGUGCCAUAGAGUAGUGGCCAAAUGUGAUGUCCAGCCAUAUGAAAAUUGACAUCUUCAACCUUAAUUCAAAUAUUUUAAAAAUGUUAAAAGAUGUAAGCAUAUCGUGUAGCUGUGCUUGGAGUCAAUUGUUUCAAGUGUGAUAAUGAAAUGAAAUUUCAAGUGAUUUCAAAUUAUUUUUGGCCAGGCUGUCAUACAAAGUAAUUAUGAACACAUGCAAAAACAAGAGAGAACCAAUGAAAUAUUAAAAACUGAUUAUGUUGUAGUCAUUGUCAUAUUUUAAAACACUUAAAUGAUAUAAACAUAAAAAUAAAAAUAUUUUCCUCAUAUUUUGAUG